AUGCUGAAGAGGGAUCCCUCUGUCUGUCGCGCUGUUGUCUGCGUGCUGCACGAGUCGUCGCUGCUGCGGCGCCGAGUGGUGAGUGCGAACGGGCAGGUGGGCGAGCAGGUGGUGCUCCUGCCGUCCGUGUGCCGUGGCUGGGCUCGAGUGUGUUGCACCUCCGCGCCCGUUGCAGCACCUUUCUUCUGGCACCUAGUGGAAGCCCGCACAACCGCGAAUGUGCACCCCUCUUUCACUCGUGUUCCCCUUUCUCUUUUCCGUUUUAGUUCAAAGCCAAGCGCAGAGCAGGAGUGUGGCGGCAUGACGGUGCUGGAACGGACAUACACACUCCGGCUGUGCGUUGAUGUCUCGCGGCAGAGGGGACGGGUGCCUGUGGUGCAACAACUGUGA